CCUCUAGGCAAUUCGUGGCAGCCGAGAUACAGGCUGUCUGCUGCUAAUAUUCCGUGAAAUGUUGUUGUUUUCAACGUUGUGAACUCAAAAUGCCAAGUACGCCUCAACAAAACAUAUUCACUGCCACCUAGCGCAUUAAACUACGCUAAUGAGCGCGCAUUCAGGGCCUAGUAAUCGUGGGCCGCUAGUUGCAAACGGGCCAGUCGGUCCUGCACCCCGGCCGGUUGCGUGGAAUCCGCUCGUCUACAACUUACCAGUGUACGUUUCAAUAGCAACUAUACUCGUGGCCUUCUUUAUUAAGACUGCCGUUCACCAAAUCCCGGAGGGCCAUGUGGGUGUAUACUGGCGCGGCGGCAAGCUGCUUCGGCGCAUCACGCCCCCCGGGGUGCACGUGCGCAUGCCGCUGAUCGACACGUACGAGGCCAUCCAGGUCACCAUGCAGACGGACAAGGUGACCAACAUUCUGUGCGGCACCAAGGGAGGAGUCAGCAUCACCUUUGACAAGAUCGAGGUCGUCAACCGCCUCAAGAGGGACCUCGUGUACGACACGAUCCGGGAGUACGGCGUGCACUACGACCGUACUUGGAUCUACGACAAGAUCCAUCACGAGAUCAACCAGUUCUGCAGCAGUCACACACUGGAGGAGGUCUACAUCAGCAAGUUUGACCAGGUGGACGAGCGCAUCAAGGACGCGCUGCAGGCCGACUGCGACCGCUACGCCCCCGGUAUCGAGAUCAUCGCGGUGCGGGUCACCAAGCCCACCAUUCCGCAGUCCGUGUCGGACAACUACGUAGCAAUGGAGGUUGAGCGCACCCGGGCCCUGGUGGCGCUGGAGCGGCAGCGGGUGCAGCAGCGGGAGGCGGAGGCAGACAGGAUACGGGCGGUGGCGCAGGCCCAGCGUGCUGCGGAGACCAGCACCAUCCUCAUGCAGCAGCUGCUGGCGGAGAAGGAGGCGGAGAGGCGGCAGGCGGAGAUAGAGGACGGCAUGUACCGCGCCAGGCAGCGAGCGCGGGCGGAUGCGGAACACUACCGGCUCCUGCGGGAGGCUGAGGCGCUGCGGGCCAAGCUAACUCCGCAAUUCCUGGAGUACUCCCUCAUACAGGCGGUUACCAACAACACCAAGAUCUUCUUCGGCUCCCGACUUCCCUCGCUGCUGCUAGACACGCGGGCUGCCUUGAGGGGCGCAUUCGCCCCUGCUGGAGGCCUCGAGGGGGAGGGGGUGGAGGUGGGGGAGGCGUUGGCUGAACAUGCAGCAAGGCAGGCAGGAGGGGAAGAGGAAACGUCGCUUAAGAAGACGUUGGUGGAGCAGAAGGUGGAGGAGGAGGGGGGAGAGGCGGUUCAGGGAAGCGUUGGGGAUUCGGCUUUGGACGAGGGCGGUUACCUUGCCCAAGGGGGAUAGUUAGAAGGCAGCAGCCGAAUGUAAAGCAGAAUGUGGCGCAGGAUUCGUUAGGGGAACAAACAGGCCGCGAGUAGGAACGUACGUAUGUGUUCUGUCGAGCGUGUGUAUCUCGUACAGAGCCCCCAAUGCAUGCAAUCGGGGUUACAGGUUCUCGCAAGGCAAGGUUUUCGCAGUGUUGUACAUUUCGUGAGUCGCAUGCUGCAUGGCGGUUGCUAUCACCCAGUGGCCGCGUGAGAGGAGGUGCAUGAGGAGGCAUUGGAGCAGGGUAAAGAGAGGAAACUGAAGAGCUGUAUGACGGGGCUAGGAGCCAGGGGGGGC